CCCGUGCCGACCAUGCGGUCGCUUCCGGUUGCGUCGGUUCCGUAAACAAACGGUCGGUCCACGGUUUUGAUUGUUAUUGUUGAGAAACGGUCACCUUUGUUUUGGGCGGUUUUAGAGCGCGCCGACUGUGGGGGUUGGGAAGGAGAGCGGGCGAUGGAGCGAGGGUCGCGGCCUGUGGUCUAGGCGCCGCCGGCCGGGAAAGGCGGCCUCGAAGCGGGUGAGGAUCAGCCCGGAUUGAGAGAUAAUCACCAGGGCCCCCGAGUCCGCAGACUCAUCAGAAAUGUAUUUCCGUUAUCUGCAGUAUUUUGCUUUUGUUGAAGGGACCAUUCUUGAUCAGUACUUUUUCACCUUGAAGAGGAAAGCAGUGCUGGAUCAAGUUCUUGGAAUAGAAUGAGGUUCUCGGACAGAACUCUAUACAGAGGACACGCAAAGCAUAUCAAGCAUGCCCCUGGAGCCAGAUAAACCACACACACACAAUGUGGAAGAAGACUCUGAAAGCACUUGUCAUAAUAGACAGGAUGGUUCUGAAGCCCAGAAUCUACAAAGUCGACUGAGACAGACUACUGAAAUUUCCGACAGUGGAAAUACUCUUCCAUCAGUACCUCCCAACUUGGUUUCUGUAGAAGAGCUGAUUGAGGCGGAAAAAGGAGUCUGUAAUAUGGCUCUAGCCCAUGAGAUUGUAGUUGAUGAAAGUUUUGUGAUCAAACAGCGUGAUCUACCAGAGAGCAGUUUUGAGAAAACCCUUGAAGACAUUAUGAAGAAGGCUUUCUGGGACAGUUUACGGGCACAACUGAAUGAAGAUCCACCGGUUUAUGACCAUGCUAUUAAGCUUCUAGGUGAAAUUAAAGAGAGUCUCUUGUCAUUCUUGCUGCCGGGUCAUACCAGGUUAAGGAAUCAAAUCAAUGAGGUUCUGGAUCUGGAGCUCAUAAAGCAAGAGGCUGAGAAUGGUGCACUACACAUCCCAAAACUAGCUGACUUUAUCAUCGGGAUGAUGGGAACUCUCUGUGCCCCUAUCAGGGAUGAUGAUAUUAAGAUCAUCAGAGGUAUCACAGACGUGGUGGAAUUGUUCAGGGAGAUUUUUGCAGUGCUGGAUUUAAUGAAACUUGACAUGGUGAAUUUUGCUAUUAGCAGUAUUCGACCACACUUAAUGAAACAGUCUGUUGAUUAUGAGCGGAAGAGUUUCCAAGAAUUCUUUGACAAACAACAUGGUUCAUUGGAAAUCACUACAGAAUGGUUGCAGGAGGCAGCCAGUGAACUCCUGUGCACUGAUGCAGAUACCUCUGUGUAUGGUGGCGCUGCAGCUGGUGCUAAAGACAUUUCUGCAUUGUGCCCUGCUUCAGUGUUAAACCAUGCAUAUGUGAAAUUGCUGAAGUGGGAUCAUGCUAACAGACUCUUUCCAGAGCCUGUGCUCAUGGACCAAUCUCGCUUUGAGGAGAUGCAGCGCGAAUUGAAUCAACUGACCAUUACAGCGGCUGUCCUGCUGGUCAUAUACAACAUGACGGGUGCAGCUUUAUCCGGGCUGUCAGGAUUUCUGGAUAGACUGAAGAGAGUUAUUAAAGUCUUAUUGACAGAUAUGCAUAUGCUCUCCUUUCAUCUUUCUGAGGCUAUGGUCAGUAUGAGUGAGCAGAUCUGUGUGGAAGUAAAUAACUGCUUAUCUCAACAUGGUUUCUCACUGCUAAGCACGGAGAAAGAGACAGUGUUAAAAGGUCAAAUCCAGGCAAUAUCUAGUCCAGAUAACUCAGUUCACAAACUGAUAGAUGCACGCAUCCAGACUUUCCUGAAAACGAUCCUUGCGUCAAGCAAUCCAAAAUCAGUUGCAGUCCCUGGAGGACUUGGUCCUGUGAGAAACGAGUUGGAAGAAGUAACCGUCAAAUUUCUUCAUCUUGUAAACUAUAACAAAUUGGUCUUCAGUCCUUAUUAUGACACAAUCUUGACCAAAGUGCUCAAAAAGAAUGGCUCACAGCUACCUGGGCUAAGUGAAGAGGAACAACUAUCCUCAACAUAAUUUCAUUAGGAGCAAUGCAUAUUCAAGCAACAAUUUCUUUUUUUUUGUGUCUCCCUCCACGUGGCUUAGAAGGAGCCAAGCUGGUUGGGGAGGGGGCAUUUAUGAAGAUUGACCUUACAUUGGGAUAACCCCAGAUGGUGAAGGUGCAAAAUUCACUGGCCCUUCAAGCUUCUGUAAAAUAGAAGGGAUGUGUUUCAGUAUUAAAGACUCCUGCUUUUUCUAAAACUGGGAAAACAUUUCUACCUAUGUUGUCUUUUUACUAGUUUUGAAUUCCCUCUCUGAAAUUUAUUUCUCCCAACCAUUAUUAACAGCCCAAUUAAUAGAGCCACUUGAACAGACUGAUAUUAUAUACUGAUUGAAAUUUUGUUUGUAUGAUUUCUGAAGGUAGAACCUAUUUAUUACACUCUUUAGUUAAAUGAUAACUUGAUACGAUGCAGAACUUUAAGACAAUUACCGGGAUGAUUUUUGAAACCAAAGGCCUCUUUACAAAGGGUACUGAGCCACUUGUGGUUCUGGAGCACUCAUAAGCCUUUGAUACCUUGAGACUUGCGAAGAUUAUUUUAAUGUACUACAUCAGCCCUUAGUUAAGCUUUGCCUGGGCUUCAAAAUUUUCAUCCUUGUUUUCAGACCCUCCAUGGCCUAGCACCUCCCUAUCUCCUUACUCACUUCUAGCACAUAUAUUCCAAUAUGUUGCAUUCCUUCAAUUCUGGAACAUUCCUAAUAUUAAUCACUGCACCAUUGGUGAUCAUGCUGAGGCUCUAACCUCUGGGAUUCCCUUCCUCAACCUAUCCAUCCCUCUACUUUUUUUAAAUUUAAGAUACUUCUCAACAUCUGCUUUUGGUCAGCUGCCUUAAUUUUUAAAAAUUCAGUCACAGGAUGAGGGUAUCUCUGACUAAGCCUGCAUUUAUUGUCCAUCCCUAACUUCCCAGAGAG